AUGAGCAGAAAAGUCAGUGUCGAAGCAUCUGGUAGUAAUAAUCAACCGAUAGUAAUUAUUCAAGCAAGAGAAAAAUCCAGUGAAACACAACAACAACAAAUGAACAUUCAGAGAAUGACUAUCAAACCAGAUUGGCGAAACAUGAUGGAAGCAAAAAAAAAUAUAAGAUUUGGACUCUGGCGUCCAAAAUUCCGGGAAAAAAAUCUUGGCGAAAAAAUUGAAAAAUCUUGA